CAAAACAUUCAAAUUAAGAACCUCUUAUCAAAAUCUCGUGUAUCGUGAAACUAUCUUUUACACAAAUGUCUUUCAAAUAUUUUUUAAUGUGUUGCCUACUUCCACUGGUGUUAUCUCAAUAUCAAGAAUGUAAAUUUCCCGAAAGCGAUCCAGAGCAUACAGCUGCCAUUGAUCUCGUCUAUGGUAGAGAGUAUUGUGUUGAUAUGUAUGUCAAAUGUUCAAAUGCACACAGCGACACUUGUAUGGAAUUAUAUGAUAAAUGUCUGAAAAAUAUGAUAGAAGAGUAUAAAACUACUAUAUCAGGUUAUGAAGUUUCAAGAAAUCGUUUUAAUGAAGUUGAGGAAGAGGCUGGUAUGAAUUCAAAUUGUGAUUCAAUUUGCUUUUAUCAGAUAAUUUAUCGGAGAUUAUCGGAUGACCGUGUAUUCUGUGAAUAAAGGUGGCGUAACUAUUAGAUUGCAAUUAACUAAGUUAGUGCAUCCUUAUUGAAAUCUUUAUUCAUAUCAAUUUUCUAAGGACCCCAAAUGACUUCAGAAAUAAAAUCUUCAUUAAUUAGUUUUGCUUU